AUGGUUGUGGUUCUUAAGGAGGUUUUUGUCAUGCUUUGGGAUUUGCAGUAUUGUAAUGAGGUUUAUUGUGACUUGUUUCUGUUUCUGUUACUUUCUGCUGUUCUCAACAAAUCCUUUGGGCAGAACUAUCCAGAGGAAGCUGAUGGCACAUUGGACUGUAUUAGUAUGGCCCUCACCUGUACUUUUAACAGAUGGGGCACUCUUCUAGCAGUGGGAUGUAAUGAUGGCCGAAUUGUCAUCUGGGACUUCUUGACCAGAGGCAUAGCAAAAAUCAUAAGUGCCCACAUUCACCCAGUCUGUUCAUUAUGUUGGAGUCGAGAUGGUCACAAAUUGGUGAGUGCAUCAACUGACAAUAUGGUAUCUCAGUGGGAUGUUCUGACUGGUGAUUGUGACCAGAGGUUUCGGUUUCCUUCACCUAUCCUGAAGGUCCAGUACCAUCCCCGAGAUCAGAACAGGGUGUUGGUGUGUCCAAUGAAGUCAGCCCCAGUCAUGCUAACAUUGUCUGAUUCAAAACAUGUCAUCCUGCCAGUGGAUGAUGAUUCUGAUCUAAACGUGGUGGCUUCUUUUGACCGUCGAGGAGAAUAUAUUUAUACAGGGAAUGCCAAAGGGAAGAUUUUGGUCUUAAAGACAGACACUCAGGAUCUUGUUGCCUCUUUCAGAGUAACAACAGGCACCAGCAAUACUACAGCUAUUAAAUCCAUAGAAUUUGCACGGAAAGGAAGUUGCUUUCUAAUAAAUACAGCUGAUCGAAUAAUCAGAGUCUAUGAUGGUCGGGAAAUCUUGACCUGUGGUAGAGAUGGAGAACCAGAGCCAAUGCAGAAACUUCAGGAUUUAGUGAACAGGACACCUUGGAAGAAAUGCUGUUUCUCUGGUGAUGGGGAAUAUAUUGUUGCAGGGUCAGCACGUCAACAUGCUUUAUACAUCUGGGAGAAGAGCAUUGGAAACCUAGUGAAAAUCCUUCAUGGCACCAGAGGGGAGCUGUUGCUGGAUGUAGCAUGGCAUCCUGUCCGACCUAUCAUUGCUUCCAUUUCCAGUGGCGUGGUAUCCAUUUGGGCUCAAAAUCAAGUGGAAAACUGGAGUGCCUUUGCUCCUGAUUUUAAGGAGCUGGAUGAAAACGUAGAGUAUGAAGAGCGGGAAUCUGAGUUUGACAUAGAAGAUGAAGAUAAGAGUGAACCCGAACAGACAGGUGCUGAUGCGGCAGAGGAUGAGGAAGUGGAUGUAACCAGUGUAGAUCCCAUUGCUGCUUUCUGUAGCAGUGAUGAAGAACUGGAAGACUCCAAAGCUUUGUUGUAUUUGCCUAUUGCUCCCGAAGUGGAAGACCCAGAAGAAAACCCCUAUGGCCCUCCACCAGAUGCGGUUCAGACUGCCAUACCUGAUGAGGGAAUAGGCUCCGAAAAGAAGAGACAGUCACUGUCUGAUGGACCUCAGCCACCAAAGAAGAAACCUAAGACAACCAAUAUAGAACUGCAGGGAGUACCUAAUGAUGAAGUCCAUCCGCUGCUGGGUGUGAAGGGAGAUGGUAAAUCCAAGAAGAAGCAAGCAGGCAGGCCUAAAGGAUCAAAAGGUAAAGAGAAAGAUUCUCCAUUUAAACCGAAACUCUACAAAGGGGACAGAGGUUCUUUACCUCUGGAAGGAGCAGCGAAGGGUAAAGUGCAGGCGGAGCUGGGACAGCCCUUGCCAGCAGGUGGUGGGAUCUCAGAGCUCUUAUGAAGGCAUCCCCUACCCUACCUACCCUUUAUUUCCUGUCUUGGUACCAUGAGGUGGAUUAAGAUCGAAAUGGUCAGAUAAUGAACUGACUUUAUGGUGAUAUGGUAGGGACAAGCAACUGUGCUGCCUAUGGAUACAGGGGAUGACUUUUUAAAAGAUGCAAAUUGUGGAAGAGGAAAAUUUGGUCCCGCUGAACCUCUCUUCUUGCUAACCAUGAAAGAAGGUACUGACUCUCAGGAAAGAAGGUUUGUACAGAACCUGGUGGAACUGCUUUCUGUUUAGAGCUCCCUAACUGUACAGAGUCUUGACACAGGACAAGGAGAUCACUGUGCUGCCAAGCUGAAGUCUUUCAUUAUGUUUCUUUUACAUAUUCUGGUUCUGAAGAUGAUGAAUCCAGAUAUUUUGUUUCCACAAAUACCUGUCACAGUGCUGUGGGUCCCAAGAACAUUUCUAUUGCGUCGUCGCUAAUUGAAGUAGAUUAUUGUGUGCAUCACUGUUUUAUCUGUUACCCACUCUGGCUUGCAGUAGUUGGUAGAUGUGCUCUUAAAGCUGAGAUGCCCUGUGUAUAACUUUGAAGGGGAAUUGCCUUCCAAGUUGCCCUUCUGUUUGUACAUGUUUGGAAUAGACACUUGGGGUCAAGAAGCCUGCAGAGAAUGACCUGAUUACAAAUGGGGUUUUCAGGGAAUGGGUAUUCUCUGCAAGAGUGGGGGAGAGAGUAAUAAGCAGCCAUUUAUCUAGACAGAGGAGGAAGGGCCUUGGAUAUAGCAUGCAGGCGAAGCACAAGUGACUUGCACAUCUCACCAUGCUUUUUGCAUCUCAUGCACACCAUAGAAAUGCACACAUCUCCCAUAGGGAGAUAGUUGGUCACCCCACACUUUGAGAUGUGUAAAGAGAAUCAGCAUCUACCUGCAAGAGAUACAUGUAGCUCUGGAGUACAGAUGAGACAUUGAAGCAUGGCCAUAGAAUGUAUUGAGUCACCCUUUUCUUGUGCAUUUGGGUUCAGUCACUUGGCCAACACAAGAAAGCACUGGCCUCUGCAUCUUCAUUUCCUGCUGUUUAAUUGUUUUAUACAAAGUGAUAUCUAUUUCCUAACUUAAGAACAUUAUUUCCCCCUUCAGAAUAGAAAAGCUCCUUUCUCCAGGUAUAACAAAUAAUUUUACAAAAUCCAGAAGAAUGUAUUCAUUAAGAGUGACCAAGGUCUGGAGGAGGUUUAAAUGCUGAAGAAUGGGUACUUAAUUCCCAGCUGCAAAUACGUCUUUUAGUGCUUUUCCUUUCUGCAUGUUGUGCCCCAAGGCCUCUCUCUUCAUCUAAUGAAACCUUACAUGUGCUAUUAUAAAUGUAAUGAUAUCCCUGACUUCAGCCUUCCUGUAUCUAAUCCUGCCACCCGCAGUCUGCCAGUUCACCCAAAGAUCUGAAGGCUGCCUGGGUAACAAUUGCUGUUCUGCAUGGGGGGGGGGGGGAGAGAGGGAAUCCAGCCUUCUUCCAUGGUUUAUUUUCUUUCACACUUUAAAAAAUUAUUUAGAUACUGCAAUAUUUUGUACAAAACCAGACAGAUGAC